UCAUGCUGGCUUCAAACAGCAACGUUAAAGUUAAAAUCAACUGACGUUGCGAUGAAAUCGCGUAUCCAAAACACACACAAGGAAUGCCAUCAAACAGAAAGUGUUUCUGUAUUAAGACGAGACACCAUGAAUAAUGGACUAGUGGACUGUGUGAUUAAAACUCCAGUGUCACUGCAGAUUGGAGAUACAGUGACUGAUAUGCUGCGACCAGGUGUUUAUGUCACAGACAUUGUUUUUCCAAAUGGAAAACCCAUAAAGGUUCAGGAAAUUUCAUUUAAGAAUUACUACUCAGCCUUCCUGUCAGUGCGUUUACUAAGAAGAGAGGAGGGAAAUCACGAGGGUGCAACCUCUGCAAAGUGGGUCACUUGUCUAAGAAACUUCCCACUCAUGGCCAACCCUCACACUGAAGCAGGAUCACAGGACUACUUCUCGGUCUUCAGACAGCAGAUGUUAGUGGAGCCAGAUAAUGUCUUGUCAGUUCGGCUUAUUCUACGACAGCCAUCUUCAGCCUGGCUAAACUUCAGCAUUGAUGAGAUCAAAAUUUAUGACUGCACACAAGAGGAUGCUCAGAGAUGUGUUCCCACUUGGCUUUCAUCCCUCACAAAUGCUGCUGAACCUCCUUUUUUGCAAGGACUUCCGGACCCUGAGACAGUGUCAUCUAGCAUUCAACAGAUGUGGGCUUUGACUGAAGUCAUGCAGUCCAAUCAAACAACUGCAUCUGUUGGCCGUUUUGAUGUGGAUGGCUGCUAUGACAUUAACCUGCUAUCCUACACAUAACACAUUAAGAUGGGCACAUAUGUGGACAUUCUUGCCGAAAAGGUAUGACCAGUCAUUCCUGGACAUAAUGUACAGUUCGUAAUGGAUUGAAUUUCAGUUUAUUUGAUCAAAUGUGAUGAAACCUUUCCAUGAAAAGAAAGUGCAUGCUGCUGUUAGGCACAGGCCUCCUUGAUGAAAUCACAAGUCAACGUAUACAGCUUCUAAUGAUGCCUUAUUACAACAUCUGUCUGUAAAACAAUGUCAUGUACUGUACAUCAACACUCAUUUAAAGAAAAUAAACUAAGUUGGACUUAUGCAUUUCUUCUUUAAGCAUCAUUAUCCAGUGCCAGUGAAAAUUGCUUCAAUGUCAUCUUAAAUAUCUCUGUAAAUACAGUAUAUCUGUAUACUCUGUGUGUUUGAAUACGAGAAACAUAUUUAUUGCAGUUUCAUAUUUAAUGGCCAAACAUUGUGACGAGACAUUUCUUGAUUCAUAAAUAUGGGUUACAAGUGUUCUCUCUGUGUUAUGAAGUCAUGUUGAGGCAAACCCUGUUCAUUUAUGUAUCAGUGAUGUGACCAGAUACCUUGUUAAUGUUGUCAAUGAAAAUAUGAAAAAGAACUGUUAUACCGUUUACAUCUAUAAAGCAUGGAAGGCUUGUCAAUGUAUGUUUGUCUGUCUGUCUUCUCUCCAGUUGUUUGUUUAACUGACGCCACUAAGGUCAGGUCAUUCUCUGCCAGGCCAUCAUGCACAUACAAAAGCACAACUGCAGUAACAACAUAUGUAACAAUGUGCUAUGUGGAAAACAUUUUAGCACAAAAUACAAAAUGGCUAUCUACAGUGAACUGUCCCACAUUGAAUUAAAAUGUUCACUCUGGAACAUGUGUGGUCAGGAAGUCUAUUCAGGAAAUGAGGUCAUAUUAUAUCCACUUCAUUCUGCUGGAUACAUACUGUAUUUGUUAUCACAAGUAGCCCAGAUUGUUUCAGUAUUAUGUUGUUUGAUAAUAUGUUUUAGAGUCCUAUAGGACUACUGUACUCAAUGAAAAAUGUCUUUUAAAAAGUUUUGGGGCUAAAGCUGAAGAAAUGUCCAAUAUUUUGUAAAUACUGUUCAGAUAUUUUGUUUGCCUGACUGUGUAUUCUAAGCUAAUUAGCACAAUAGCAUAGGCCCCUGCAGACAAGACACUACAGGAGAACAAGUAAUAUAAUAUAUAAUAUGAAACUUCUCCAGUUGACUUACUUUAAGACAUUUUUUUUUUUUUUAGUUUUCUGAAAUUUUCUGAAAUGUUUGAAUAGAUAAAUGAGGCAUUAUCUAAUUGAACAUCUGCUUAUUUGCAUACCUGUAUUCUAUUUCAGUGCAGAGAUUUGAACACUGGAUAAAGUCAGGUUAAAAUGUCAAUGUCCUUGUUUCUUUCUUUUAUAUAUAUAUAUACAUAUUUUUUU